AAACUUUGUGAGAUGAGUUUUGCAAUCUGAAUUAUGCAGGAAAGUGAGACUCUGAUCAUUCUCUUAUCUGCACUUUCCACCCCAGAACCCAGUUUAUCACCUGGAAUGACUGUAUAGUAAAACAGAGUGUAUUAGAGGCCACUCAGCACAUCAGUUCCUUUUGUUUCUCUGGCCUCUGAUGGACUUGGAUGGAAAAAUGUCCCCCUCCCCCCCCAAUAGAGUGCUGUUGAGGAUCUCAGAUACGGGUGAUAGGUCCUCACUACCACAUACAAACAGACCCUUAAGAGCUAAGUCAUAGUGAGAUGUGUGUGGGUUUCUUAUCUUUUUUUUUUUUUUAAAUUCCUCUGUGGAGUAAACCACUCUCUGGGAUGUUGUCUCUCGCUCUUUUUUUUUUUUUUUUUUUAAAGUCGUAUUUAAACUCACACACUUUCUGUAAUGAGGAUUUCAGUGUAGGGUUUUUCUGCAGAAUACCUUUUGGUCCUACUAAGAACUGUCUCUUCAAAUGUUGGAGCAUUUGACUGAAAAAUCCUUAGCCUUUUUAAAGAUAUAAAUUACUGAUCUGACUAACAUGGAUUUGAAUUUGCAUCUUACUCAUGUCUACAAAAUCAUGACUCUGUAAACACACCUAGAGAUGGUGUAAGGAGGAAAUUGAGGUAUAGAGCGAUUCAGUGGCUUGCCCAUGGUUGCCUGGCAAGACAGUGGCAAAUCAGGCUUUGGUUUAAUCUCCGGUCUGCCAGUCUCAAUUACACCGCAUUGGACUCUUUCCUGUAUUUGAUGACUACCUUAUGUAUAACUUGCAGAUAGCUUACAAAUGAUUAGAAGAACUGGUUCCUUCUGAGACGCAUCAGAUCAUUACCUGUAAAAUCCAGAUCUUGCUGUCUGUUUGUGAAAAAGAAAAAUGGGCUGUGACCGAAACUGUGGGCUCAUCGCUGGCGCUGUCAUCGGUGCGGUCCUGGCUGUGCUGGGAGGUAUUCUAAUGCCAGUUGGAGACAUGCUCAUUGAGAAGACAAUUAAAAAGGAAGUUGUCCUGGAAGAAGGUACAAUUGCUUUUCAAAAUUGGGUUAAAACAGGAACAGAAGUUUACAGACAGUUCUGGAUCUUUGACGUGCAGAAUCCAGAGGAAGUGAGAGUUAACAGCAGCAAAAUUAAUGUUAAGCAAAGAGGUCCUUACACAUACAGAGUUCGUUAUCUAGCCAAGGAAAUUAUAAAGCAGGACUCUGAGACCCACACGGUCUCUUUCAAUCAGCACAAGGGUGCCAUCUUUGAACCUUCACUAUCAAUUGGAACAGAGAAUGACACAUUUACCGUCCUCAAUCUGGCUGUAGCAGCUGCACCCCACCUCUAUCCAAGUAGAUUUAUUCAACUAAUACUCAAUGCAUUUGUGAAAAGUUCAAAAUCUUCUAUGUUUCAAAAGAGAACUGUGAAAGAACUUUUGUGGGGCUAUACGGAUCCAUUCCUCAAUGCGGUUCCAUACCCUAUUUCUACCACAGUUGGUGUGUUUUUUCCUUACAAUAAUACCGCAGAUGGAGUUUAUAAAGUUUUCACCGGAAAAGACAACAUAAGCAAAGUUGCCAUAAUUGACACAUAUAAGGGCAAAAAGACUUUCUCCUAUUGGCCAAGUUACUGUGAUAUGAUUAAUGGUACAGAUGCUGCCUCAUUUCCACCUUUCAUUGAGAAGACCCGGGUAUUGCAAUUCUUUUCCUCUGACAUUUGCAGGUCAAUGUAUGCUGUGUUUGGAUCUGAAAUUAAUCUGAAAGGAAUUCCUGUGUAUAGAUUUAUUCUUCCAUCCAUGGUUUUCGCAUCUCCACUUCAAAAUCCAGACAACCACUGUUUCUGCACAGAAAAAACUAUAUCAAAAAACUGUACAUUAUAUGGUGUACUAGACAUUGGCAAAUGCAAAGGUGGAAAACCUGUAUACAUUUCACUUCCUCAUUUUCUACAUGCAAGUCCUGAAAUUGCAAAAACUAUUGAAGGCUUAAAUCCAAAUGAAGAAGAACACAGCACCUAUUUAGAUGUUGAACCUAUAACAGGAUUCACUUUACGAGCUGCAAAACGGCUACAGAUCAACAUGUUGGUCAAGCCAGCAAAAAACAUUGAAGCAUUAAAGAAUCUGAAGCAGAACUAUAUUGUGCCUAUUCUUUGGAUUAACGAGACUGGCACCAUUGGUAAUAAGAAGGCAGAAAUGUUCAGACAUCAAGUGACUGAAAAAAUAAACCUCCUUGGCCUGGUAGAAAUGAUCUCACUGAGUGUUGGUGUGGUGAUGUUUAUUACUUUUAUUAUUUCAUACUGUACAUGCAGAUCAAAGAAAGUAAAGUAAGAAGCAAAUGAGUUCUUACAUUUAUGCACCAGCUAUAAUAGGACCUUUCUUAUUAUCAACCUACAAAAUGAAGAUUUAAUAUGCUGUAUGUUUGCAAAAUGCACCUUAUCUUAUAGUUAAAAAAUAGGUGACACUUUUUUUUUUUGCACUGAGCAUGUUGCUAAAGGAUUUUUAAGAUGUCACUAAAAUCAACACUCUGAUCAAAAAAAGGGCACCUUUUCAAAUUCAACAUGUAUACAACUGAACUGAUUUUAGUUUCUACAGAUGUGGUUUGAGCACAAUCCAAUUAUUUUCAUUUGGUACGGACUCACUAAAUGGUUCCGGUGGCAAAUUUGGCAAAGGAGUGGAUGUUCUAAACAAAUCCUGGACCUGAACUUGUCUUCUUCAUCAGGGGGAAAUAUGAUUACCCUCAUCAGUGUCCCUGCAAUAGACAGACCCCAGGACUGUCACUACAUUGCAUUUCCUGAGAGCUACCUAUUUUGAAAGACAUUUAAGAAUGGAAAUUCAAUGACUGGCCUAUGAACCAUCUAUUACACAUUACUAAAGUUUUUCUGUAUGGAAUCCUUUGUACAGCAACAGCAGGCAUUAUAACCAAGCUGUUUACAAGGAUAUGGGCUUACAUUUUUGUCAGUGUGUGUCCAAAUGGACAUAUUUAAGGAUUAUCAUUUUCCACAUUCUGCAGGUUUUCUGGAAAUCUGAGCAGAUUUUGCUGUUUCUACUCAGUUGCAUACAACUUGUGCUUGGCAACUUCAAAAUGCUGUUCUAGUAGUAAGAGAUGUAAAUGAUAACGAAAUUAUUGUGUGGAAGAUUACAAAGAGUAGAAUGUGAAUUAGUAGUUAUUUGUUGUAGUUAUUCUUACUUUCAUAGUCACUUCAGAAAGACUGGUUUCAAUCAUUAAAAGAUGAUCUUCCUUAAA